AUGGAUGAGCUGCUAUGCAAAGCAAAGGAAGUGAAUCCAGAAUUAACCCUCGAAGUCAUUUUCACCGACUCGCUGGACGAAAUCAACGGAUCGGAGCAAUUUGUCGAGUCGCUCAAGAAACAGGGCAAACUGCAAGAUGUUCACUUUUUGCUGGAUCUGAAUGUGCUAGGUAGAAGCAACCCGAAAAUAUUCGCGACGAGUGAGACUACAAAAGUCGAAUUCGACCAUAUCAGAGCUGUGGAGAAGCGACUCAAGGAAUCGGGCUCGAAACAAGAAGCGAGAAUUGUCGCCGAUGAAUAUUGA